UGUAACAAUUUAUUUGAAGGUUCAAAUCUUUGGGACUCAGUUAAGGAUUUUGGCCUCUCCUCAUCUGAUUUUGGCUCAAAUGAUUAUGUUUCCUCAUUUUGAGAAGAUUUAUCUGGGUAUUUUGAUAUUUGUCCUGAUAGAAGGAAACCUUCCAUCAUUAACAGCGCAAACAUACUUACCUUUAGAAGAGAUUCAAGAACCCAAGAGUGCAGUUUCUUUUCUCCUGACGGACUCAGAAUCCACAGACUCUUCUUUACCUUCCGAAAAGAAACAACCUCUGGAUCACAGGGAAACUGAGAGACAGUGGUUGCUCAGAAGAAGGCGAUCUACUCUGUUUCCUAAUGGUGUGAAAACGUGCCCAGAAGAAAGUGUUACUGAGGCUGUGGCAAACCAUGUGAAAUAUUUUAAAGUACGAGUAUGUCAGGAAGCUGUCUGGGAAGCCUUCAGAACUUUUUGGGAUCGACUUCCUGCACGUGAGGAGUAUCAUUACUGGAUGAAUUUGUGUGAGGAUGGAAUCACAACUAUAUUUGAAAUGGGCACACAUUUUAGUCAGUCUGUGGAACAUAGAAGCUUAAUUAUGAAGAAACUGACGUAUGCAGAGGAAACCGUCAGCGGCCCCGAACUGUCAUCUCCAGUUCCUGUUGGUGAUAGCUCAACAUUGGGAGGUGCUCGUCUCAGUGUUCCAUAUCCAGGAGUGACCUCCUAUGAAGGUAUCUCAGAGAGCAGCUUGGAGAAGCCAGAAGAGAGUGUUAGCAAUGAAAUUGAGAAUGUGAUAGAAGAAUCCACAAAACCAGCAGCUGAGCAGGUUGCAGAAUUCAGUAUCCACCUUUUGGGAGAGCAAUACAAGAAAGAACUACAGGAUCCCUCCAGCUUCUACCACCAGCGCCUUGCGGAAGAGUUUAUUUCAGAGGUUGAAAAUGCAUUUACUGGGUUACCAGGCUACAAGGACAUUCGUGUACUUGACUUUAGGUCCCCUAAGGAAAAUGGCAGUGGAGUAGAUGUUCACUAUGCAGUUACCUUCAAUGGCGAGGCCAUCAGCAAUACCACCUGGGACCUAAUUAGCCUUCACUCCAACAAGGUGGAGAACCAUGGUCUUGUGGGACUGGAUGACAAACCCACUGCUGUCUACACAAUUAGUAACUUCAGGGAUUACAUUGCUGAGACACUGCACCAUAAGUUUUUGCUGGGGAGCUCCUCUUUGAAUCCAGAUCCUGACUCCCUUCAGCUUAUCGAUGUAAGAGGAAUUUUACUUCCUCAAAGUGAAGACCAAGUGUGGAACACACAAAGUUCAGGUGUUCAGGAAACCUUACCGUCUAUUUUGGAUAAUACCCCUCAAGCUGAAUGGCCCUCAGCAGAUGAAUCCACCACGAGCAGUAUUUCACCACUUGAUUUCAGCUCUGGUCCUCCUUCAACCACUGGCAGGGAACUCUGGUCAGAAAGCCCUUUGGGUGAUUUAGUGUCUACACCCAAAUUAGCCUUUCCCUCGAAGGUGAGCCUCAGUUCUUCCCCAGAGGUUUUAGACGUUAGCAGCUUGACUCUUCAUUCUGUCACCCCAGCAGUGCUUCACACUGGCUUGCCUAUGGCUUCUGAAGAAAGGACUUCUGGAUCUCACCCAUUAGAAGAUGGAUUAACUAAAGUUGAAGGAUCAGAAGAUUUUCUUUCUAUUGAUCCAUUGCCUUCAAGUUCAUUCACUCAUCCUGUGCCACAAGAAACAAUACCAUCCAUGGAAGACUCUGGGGUGUCUUUGACACCCUCACCAUAUCCAGUCUCCUCUGUCACAUUAGAUCUUCUUGCUAAAGAAAUAACUACGCCUUUUGGCUUGGAGUCUUUGACCUCCAAAGUCAAAGGCCAAUUAGAAAUGAGCUCUUGGGUGCCACACAUACCUAUGGAAAAAGAGUUCAUAUUUGAGAGUGGUUUAGGUUCAGGGUCUGGGCAAAAGGUGAGUCUGAUUACUUGGCCAUGGAGUGAGACUUCAUUAGAGAAGAGCACGGAAUCAUUGUCUGAGUCAUGGCUUGAAGUUGAAGAUUCAGAGGAUUCACUUUUGUCAGCUGAGGAUAUAGGUGAGAAACUAGUUAUAGAUGACAAAAAAGAUGCCACAGAUCAAAGUAUUGAGCAUUCAAAAUAUGGGUAUUUUGAUAGAUCCACAAACUUUGCAGAGGAAGAGCCCCUUGGUGGACCUACUGUGCCCAUCUUUGCAGAGAUCGCAACUCAAUCUGCAUCUCUAAUUCUAUCCAAGCACACAUCAGAGGUACCUGACAUUGAUUAUUACUCAGUUACCAAAUCACCUCCUCUGCUGACAUCUAUAGCAAUCUCUGCUUCUCCUUAUAAACCAGAUCAGGUAGAACCUGUUCUAAAGGAGGACAUGGAACAAAGUACAGAGUCAUCCAGCCAGGACUGGUUUGACAGCAAAACUUCAGCAGUGAAGCCAGAUUUGCAACCUUUGUGGACCAUAUUGCCAGAAUCAGAUGUAGUCUGGGCAAGAACUUCUUCCCUAGGGAAAUUGUCCAGAGACACACUGGCAAGUACGCUGCAGAGUACUGACAAGCUCUGGUUGAAAGCUUCCAUGACACAAUCUACCAGAUUGCCUCCAACCACAAGCUCCACCCUGCUGGAGGAUGAAGUAAUUAUGGGCGUACAGGAUAUUUCACUGGAACUGGACCAGAUAGGCACAGAUUACUAUCAGCCUGAGCUAAUCCCAGAGGAAAAUGGCAAGGUUGGUAGUUAUGUGGAAAUGUCUCCAGAUAUUCACUCCACAGAGUCGGCUAUUGUGGCUCAGGCCACAAAAAGCGAUGACUUGAUUUAUACCCAAACCACAGGACCUUUGGUGGUAUUCUUCAGCCUCAGAGUGACUAACAUGAUGUUUUCAGAAGAUCUGUUUAAUAAAAACUCUUUGGAGUAUAAAGCGCUGGAGCAAAGAUUCUUAGAACUGCUGGUUCCCUAUCUCCAGUCAAAUCUCACUGGGUUCCAGAAUUUAGAAAUCCUGAACUUCCGAAAUGGCAGUAUUGUGGUAAACAGCCGAAUGAAGUUCGCCAAGUUUGUCCUUCCCAAUGUCACCAAUGCUGUAUACGUGAUUCUGGAAGACUUUUGCACCACUGCCUACCAAACCAUGAACUUGGCUAUUGACAAGUACUCCCUUGAUGUAGAAUCAGGUGAUCAAGCCAACCCUUGCAAGUUUCAAGCCUGCAAUGAAUUUUCUGAGUGUUUGGUCAACCCCUGGAGUGGAGAAGCAGAAUGCAGAUGCUACCCUGGGUACCUGAGUGUGGAAGAACUGCCCUGUCAGAGUCUCUGUGAUCUACAGCCUGACUUCUGCUUGAAUGAUGGGAAGUGUGACAUUAUGCCUGGACAUGGGGCCAUUUGUAGGUGCCGGGUGGGUGAGAACUGGUGGUACCGCGGGGAGCACUGUGAAGAGUUUGUGUCUGAGCCCCUGGUGAUAGGCAUCACCAUCGCCUCCAUGGCUGGACUCCUCCUCCUUUCUUCUGUGGUCGUCUUCUUCAUCAUCAGGACUCUUCAAGCUCAACAUGCUAGGAGAGACAGGGAAGGGCCCUUCAGCAGGCAGCCUGACAGCCUCUCAUCCGUGGAAAGUGGCGUGAAGCACAACCCCGUGUUUGAAAGUCACGAGGCUGGACUCGAGCAGUAUGAGGGACCCUACCCUCUGCGUCCCUUCUAUAGCUCUGCAGGCAGAGAGAUGAUUGGUGGUCUGAGCAGGGAAGAAAUCAGACAAAUGUAUGAGAGCAGUGAGCUUUCCAGGGAGGAAAUUGAAGAAAGAAUGAGAAUUUUGGAACUGUAUGCCAGGGAUCCUGAGUUUGCAGCUUUUGUGAGAGAACAUCAAAUGGAAGAGCUUUAACCAAAAGUCCUAUUUUGCAACGGACUAGAAGCCUAGAGAAGAUGGAAUCACUCUUUACCUGUCAUGUAAUUAGCCUGGAUUCCGAACUCUGUUGGAAGAAGAGUUUUCUAUUAAAAAAAGUUAAACUGGGGGCACAAUUUAUUUUUCUAGUUUAAAAUUUCAGAAUGCAGUAAGAGAUGUGACAAGUUUUAAGCCUACAAAGACCAGAAGUUGUAUUGAAAGGAAUUCAAAACUGUAUGAAUUCUAGAAAGGAUUCUGUAAGGAAAAAGCCAGGCCUGGGAGUUGGGUUGCAUUUGCUGUCUGCUUCUGAGCCUCUGAGGGUGUCUCUUAGUAACUAAUGAUGCCUCGGGCUUCCCCGCAGGAAGGUCAGGUGAGACUAUUACGGAGGAAGGUAGGCUUAGUAACUGAGUCUGUAGUAGCAAGUUUGCUGUUGUCAGGUGGAAUGAGAAGACUUUGAAGUAGUUUUAAUAUAGUUUAUGGCCAAACAUUCAUCUAACUAAAUACUAAGGUUUGGGGGGGAAUCAAACUGCUAAAGAAAAAGCAACCUUUUUGCUGCAGUAUAGAUUUAGACCUGUACUUUGUGCUCCUACCAGAAUUUUAAAUUUCCUGAGCCUAUUAAUCAAGACCACAUUAUUAUGUUAAUUAUGUUAAUAUCCUGGUCCCCCCGCCAUCAAGGACCAUACAUAUCAUAAAGGUUAGAGGCUUCUUGUUAGAGUAAAGAUGAAUUGAACCACAAGGACAGGGAAGGAGUGGGUAUCGGGUCAAGACCACAGCGCUGAGAAUAUACUUUGCUGAUUGAUGCAUGGACUGAGUCUGAACCAGUGGGUUCCCUGACUCUGUUUCUGAAACCUAAAGGUGUCCUGGGCAAAUCUGGGAUCUUCUGUAGUUUCUCGUGUAUUAAUUUCAAAAGCAGCACUUGACUUCCCCGUAUAGUGUAGGUUAGUUUGUUUGCAUUGCUUCUUUGUGUAAUAACUGUGUCUCAGUUCAUUCCUGCUUACAUGAAACAUAGCAGGACUUUUAUUGCAAUUAAAAUUUUAAAAAAAGUUUUAUAGGUAGGAAAAGUCCACAUCUUAUGUAAAUUUUAACUGAAAAAUAGAAGUUUUCCUCUUUCCUAAUACUUUUUGAAUGGUAGCUUUGGAGCGGGCAGGGAGAGGGUCCAGUCAUUAUCACCAUCCGUCUUGUGUACGCAAAUAGGUUAUUGUUGAUACAGGUGUUUCAUGUUAGAUAUCUUCAUGUUAGUCAAAAACGGUCUUAAACAUUUUGAUUUCUUUGUGACCAGAUGUAACUGACCAGGGGUAGGUUGGCCAUAAGAUAAAAUACCUGGUUCACUUUUUUUUCCCCUCAACUUGAUGACUGCCAAUUUCACUCAGUAUGAAGACACCAGAAACUAAAUCUCUGGGGUGAGUACAUGCCACAGUAAAGCUACGGAAAGCCUUGAAGAUAUCCAGGUAUUUUGCAAAGUAUGUAUGGGUAACAGGUCUUGUGAGUGUGUGUUUUUGUAGGUAGGUAAUUCCCUUAUCUCAGUAAUUUCUUUCAUUCCCUCCCCUAAUAAUAGAUUCUCUAUAAAUUCAACAUAGAUACAAGCCACUGCUGGGACAUUUUCUACUGGGUGAAUUUGAAAGGGAAUUGAUAAUUAUCUUUAAAGCAUUUUAAAUGUUAAUGACACUUAUCACUACUUAAUGUUUAAUUUAAUAUUUCUAAAACUUUCUAAGAUUUCUGUUGAAGAUUCUAAAUUUUUUUCCCGAAACCUACUCGUGUUAGGUGAAAAAAAAUGUUUUUGUUUUUUUUUUAUCGUAAAUUAACCCUAGAAGGCAACCUUUUGAACGUCUGCUUGCUGGGGGAGUUCAGAUGGAUGUGAAGUGGGUGAAGCACAGGUCACCACGUGGAACACUUAAGAGAAGCACAAACUCAGCUGAAGGAGGAUUGUUUUCUAAGCAGUGAAGUGGGAGUUUGAGAAUUCGGAUUCGUCUCUGUCUCUGAUUUCCAUUUGUAUGAACUUUUCAUGCAAGAGCUAAUCGUGGGUCUCCAUGAAUGUCUGUUUCACAUCGUUUAAAAGGAGGGGAUUCCUAAACUCUCAAGGAGAGAACUGAGGGCCUCAGUUCAGGAAUAAAGACUUCGGCCCUUCCUUUGUUAUAAGUGAACCACAGUGAGAAACAUCAGAGAAUGAAGUUUCCACGAUGAGGAUCCACUGAUGGACACAUCUAAAGAGCUAAAAGAGCUAUCCGUCUGACAGGACAAACUACCCCGAAAGAGCUUCUUUUUAAAGGAGCUUUUCCCAAGGUAAUUUAAUGGCAUAUAGUCAUUUAAAAGUAUUAAGCUAAGCUCUCAUUUGGGCUGUGUGAUUGAGGAAUGAAAUGUUCUGAUUAUUAGGAUGUUCUUAUUAAUCUAGCAGUAUAGUAUUUAAUACAACUAUCACCUUAUUUAAAAAUAAUUAAAUGCAGUUAACAGUAAAAGUGCAUGAUAAAGAACUCAAACUUUUUUGGGGUGAUUUGUAAGGUGCUUUGGAGUCUUGUAGAUACAGCCUUUAUAACUGAAUGUCCCUACAUGAUUCUUAUUUUCAUGGGUUCUGGAUAAAAGGGAGUUUAUUUGAUAAGUAGGACUCCAUUUGCACCAUAGCAGUGUUUUAAGGCUAUUUGUUCAUAUUUAUGUGCUCCAAAGUCCCGUUUCCUUUAUGUAAUAAAACAAGUGCAGGUUUUACCUGAUUUUAUUCCCACCACUUUGUUUUUUUCUUCUGUAGUAUCUGUUCAUGGGUUGGCUGCUCCCCUCCCCAACCCUUCCUGUUUUUUAACACAUGGUAAAAGUGUAACGGAGUCAAAAAACCCUGACUUAAUAUUACUUCUGACAAAAAGAUGAAAAUUGGAGAAAUAUUCUUUAUAAGCUCUAAAACCAUUUUGGCUCAGAUAUGAUACCUGAUGUAGUUACUCAUUUGCAUGCAUGUUUCGUAAGUUUGCCUUCUUCCAUCUCAUGACUUUUUGGCACCUAGUAUCUCUGUGUCAUUUCCAUGUUUUCAAUAAUGGAUACUUUGACGUCGAUCAGCCUGUGAAUUGAAUUUUCACUUUCAAAUGGGAAAACAAGUUAACAUAUCUAGUCCAUAAAGAAACAACUGAUUUAGGAGAAUAACUUAUCUUUAUUAAAUUGAGAUAUUUUAGCCAAGAAAAAUAUGGGUCAUUUUUUUUUCCCCGAAAACAUUUCUAACAAUUCCCAGUAGAGAUGGGUGGGGGCCAGUCUUUCUUAUUGACCAUCCAGCUGUAGUGAGUCAUGAAUCCUAGCUCAUUCUACUCCCGAGGGUGCAAUGAAUGCAGAAAAAUGGUGUGAAGGUCAUAGUCCUCAAAUCAAUUGCAUUGUGUUCCACAGACAAUCCUGGCUCAAGGUGGAAUGUGGGAGGGUACUAGAAAGUAAUUGGUGAUGUAAAGAAUCUGCCUAGAAAUUUGCUUGAGUCAUGAAUUUUAUAGAACCUUACACUAUGCCUAUGGGUUAACAAGACACACUUGUUAAAAUCACUCCCCUCAGUAAUAAGACACAGGUUAAAACACUCCCCUCAGCCACACAAUUUAUAGCUACAGCCUAUUUUAAAUGAUUCCUUAUCCUGUCUUUUUCUUCACUUAUAUUUAAUUGCUUGUUUAGUGAUUAAGGGCAUAAGUAGGAAAAAUGUAACCAUGAUAUCAGAGAAUAAAGAUAUAAUUAUGUAUUCAGACUAUGUAAUGAUUCUGAAGUGAUCAUAUACAUACUAUAUGUUCAGUAUGGAGUAUGGGUAUUGAAGGAUUUUUCUUUUUCAUCUUGUUUGUAAUGACAUUGUACAUAAAGCAUGGGUCAGAUAAGUUCAGGUUACUGCACUGUUUUCUUGAAAUUUUCUUAAGACUAGCUAAUUAGAAAUAAAAAGUUUUGUCUUUAUGUAUAUAAAAGGGUUUUCCCUCAUGCAUAUAAUUGUGCCAUCCAUUUUCAUUAUUAAUAAACUUCUCUUUCAAG